AUGAAUUAUAUGCAGAAAGCUGAUAAUAAUAUUAAAUUAUGGAAAGAUGUAUUGGAUGGAGCUAGCUUUAUUAAUGCAUUGUAUAGGCCAGUUAGAAAUCAAUUUAGAAUUACAGGAAUUCAAAUUACUGGUAUAGAAAUGCAAUUAAAUAUUCUUGUAUAUGAUUUAACUACUUCCAAAAAGAAUGUAACUAUCAAUAUUAGCGUAUCUUUGAAGGGUAUAAAAAAGCUUACAGAAAUAGCACUACCUUUUCUAAGAGAACUGUCUACAGAUAAAAUGGAUUCCACUGAAAUUGCCUCAUCUACUAAAAACAGAGAGGUUACUUUAACCACUCCAAGUGUUGAAAAAAUCAAGAAAUAUAAGCGAGCUGAUAUUAUAAAUUUUUUACAAGAGAAAAAAGAAGAGCUAAUAAUAAGCAUAUUAAAGUUAUCAAAGACUAAAAGGUCAUCAGUUAA